CCUUUAGCGAUACUUGAAGACCAGAAGCCCCUCUUCCCUUCCUCCGCUUACUCCGAAUCUUUUCGUACUCUCUUUCUCUCGUUCCUUCCUUUCCCCAUUGUUUCCAUCACACUCUCUCUGCCCAGGUCGCCGAGGAAACGAAAAGAAAUGGGGUCGGUGACGGAGGAGAACGGAGUGAAGGCAUCGCCGGAAACGCAGCACCCCCGGAAGGCCUUCGGGUGGGCGGCCAGAGAUAACUCCGGCGUCCUCUCUCCCUUCUCCUUCUCUCGAAGGAACAAUGGAGACGACGAUGUCACCAUAAAGAUACUAUACUGUGGGAUCUGCCACUCAGACCUUCAUAGCAUAAAGAAUGAUUGGACAAAUACCAUCUACCCGAUUGUCCCAGGGCAUGAGAUUGUUGGCACCGUUACUGAAGUGGGGAGCAAUGUACGUAAGUUCAAGGUUGGAGACAAGGUGGGAGUGGGCUGCUUGGUUAAUUCUUGCCGUUCCUGUGACGGCUGCAAACAAGGUUUCGAGAACUACUGUCCCAGAAUGAUACUUACGUACAAUUCCAUCGACGCUGAUGGAACAAUGACCUAUGGAGGGUACUCUGACAUGGUAGUCGUCGACGAGCAUUUCAUUGUGCGGAUCCCCGCCACCAUGCCCCUAGACAAGGGUGCCCCACUGCUUUGUGCUGGCAUCACUGUAUACAGCCCAUUGAAGUAUUUUGGACUCAAUGAGCAAGGGAAGCAUAUUGGGGUGGUCGGGCUCGGAGGGCUCGGCCAUGUAGCUGUGAAGUUUGCCAAGGCAUUUGGAGUGAAGGUCACAGUGAUUAGCUCGUCCCCGAGGAAGGAGAAGGAAGCAAUUGAACGUUUGGGAGCUGAUGCUUUCAUGGUCAGCAGCAACCCUGAGCAGAUGCAGGCUGCCAUGGGCACGAUGGAUGGUAUUAUCAAUACAGUAUCUGCGGUCCAUUCCCUCAUGCCGCUACUCUUUCUGCUGAAGACCCGUGGGAAGAUGAUCAUGGUGGGUGCUCCAGACAAGCCCCUGGAGCUACCAGUUUUCUCUUUGAUCAUGGGUGGGAAAAUUGUGGCGGGCAGUUGCAUUGGAGGAAUGCAGGAUACCCAGGAGAUGUUGGACUUUGCUGCAAAGCACAAUGUAACGGCAGACAUCGAGCUCAUUGGUAUGGAUUACGUGAACAAGGCGAUGGAGCGACUUGCCAAGGCAGAUGUCAGAUAUCGAUUUGUCAUUGAUAUCGCCAACACCUUGACCGCUGCUUAGAUUUGGGGUUGCAACGAUAGCUAUAUCCCAUUAUUUAGGACUUUCUGGUUGCUAUCGUAGUGUUCUUUCCAUGUAGUUGGAUUGUUGUUGGUCAUUCUAUCCUAUGUUUGCCUGACCACAUCAUGUCCUUAUCAUCUGAGAUUUUGGGAGAAGCAGCUGUUUGAUGGUCGUUGCUUUAUAAUGUGAUGUUCUGUUCUUAGUACAUUGAAGAUUUAAUAAGAUAUGGUGUGUCGCUCAACAUAUGCUUGAUGGAUUC